UUAGUGCUUGUGUUUCCUCGUACUAUUGUUUAUUUUUCUUUUUACUAAUAAUUAAACGAGUGCCAAAAGGGAGAUGAAUCGUAAAGAUUUAUUUUAAUUUUAAGUAAUUAAUAAAGUGACUGGUAUUUUUGAGUACUUAAUUGUAACAUUGACAUAGUAAGGAAUUUAUUAAGAUGUGAUUAUUUUUCGGAUUUGGCUUUGUGCCAUCGAUUUUAUGUGAAAAGGGGCAAAAUGAAGCUUUUCUCGAUAUUCGUACUAUUCCUGUUUGUGAAGGGGUCGCUAGGCUUCUGCCCGUCGCUCUGUUCCUGUAAAGGAAACAGGUCGAGCGAUGGUGUCACUUUGGACCCGCAGCCCGGAGAACUAUUGAAGUUGAAAUGUGGCGGGAGUCCUGCACAAAUCACCGAACUCAAAGAAAUAGAUCUAAACAAACUCUCCACAGUUGUUGUAAGCUUGAAUUUAUCAGGAAAUGCCAUUUCAACAUUAUCGAGAGAUUUUCAUGUGCCCAAUUUACAAAAGCUAGACCUCAGUAGAAACCAAAUAUCACUGAUAGAAUCGGAUGCAUUCUAUAAUAUGACAUCACUACAACGACUAGAUCUCUCGUACAAUCAGAUCAGUAAUAUUUAUAAGGAAAUUUUUAAAGGGCUCGUAAAUCUAGAGAGACUCAUUUUAUCACAAAACCAUAUUUCAGUUCUGAGUAUGGGCACUUUUGAUUAUCUUGUUGGGUUGAAACAAAUAGACAUAACGGACAAUCCUCUUAUAUGUGAUUGUGAACUUCUUUGGGUAGGAGAUUGGUCCAGAAAUACAAGUGUAAAGCUAGUCGGUAAUCCUAAAUGUGCAUUUCCUGAAAACAUGGUCAAUAAAACAGUCAGGAAAUUAAAAAUAUUUCUUGAUCUAUCUGUCUGUGGAAGUGUGCUGCCAUCGAAUACUCUGAUAGUGAAGCCGAAUCAUGACCAAGUGGUUUUUGAAGGUGAUACCUUAGUUUUAACCUGUAAUGCACCAUUUGCAUCGGUCAUAGCAAAAUAUGAACUGAAAUGGAUACAUCCAAUGUUAGAAAUAUGUGACGUGAAUGUUACAAGUACUGAUAUGCAAGAGGAAGGCUUAGCAGAAACGACAAUAUACUUUCCAAACAUUACAAACCAUCACACUGGCAAUUGGACGUGUAUGUACAAUGACCAAAACCAUAUAAGACACAAUUACACAGUGCAAGUACUUGUGUUAUCGAAUCAAACACAGUAUUGUCCGACAAACUAUACUAUAAACAAUAAAGGAUUGUACUCCUGGCCUCAGUUAUUGUUGAAUCACACUGCUACUAUACCUUGCCGUAACGGUGAUGGGUUAGCUUAUAGAACUUGUAAUGCAGAUUCAAGUUGGGGUCCAGCAAACACCACGGAAUGUUCAUACAUAAGUAAUAUAACAAAAUUACUACAGCAGUUUGCAUUACUGAAUGUUAGUCUUGUGCAGUAUUCAGCACUGAACGCUACAGAGCGGUUAGCUAUGUUGAUCCAAGAGAAAACAUACCCUUUGGCAGAGAUUUUAGACCCCGAUGAUGUAAUGUUUAUUGCUCAAGCGAUAAGAAACUACAUGCAGUAUAUAUCCGAGGAGAGGGACUUAGGCUCUACACUAUUAGAUGUGAUAAGUUCGGCUAUGAAUAUUUCCACCUCAGUCAUGUCACAAGCAGAGACACAGUAUGGGUCAUGUACAGAUAUGGUUCGAGCGGCAGAAGAGAUAUCAGCUUAUACCAGUAAUGUACAGGGACAUAAGAUGAACUUGGCGGUGGAGCGCUUCCCCGUGGGCGAGGGGUUCAGCGGCGUGACGUGCGUGUGGUACAGCGCCCGGCGGGCCGCCCCGCCGCGCCUGCACUGCUCCACCACCAACCGCACCGUCGCGCACCGCAGCGCACUCACCCGCACCUCCGACGCGCUCAUACACGCCAGCGUGCAGAUACCACAGUCUCUCCUCUACAGCACGACGGAUUCCGGAACGCUUUUGCACGCGAGGAUUCACGAUCUCGUCAUAUCGAUGUACGAGGACGCCUCAAUGUUCCCGCUGUUACCCGAGAUGGACGAUGGACACUCCCCCGGGCACCGGUCGAAGGACUACUACGGAAGGAGCACCAAGCGGGAGGAUAUGAACAUGGAAAUCACGUCGCCUGUUAUCGGAUUUCGACUGAUGAACGUGUCGCUGCAAGGCGAGCUGCUGGAGCCCGUCAUAGCGACGGUGCGCGCGCGGUCGGUGGGCGGAGUGGACGGCCGCGUCGCCACCUGGGACCCGCUGUCCAGGAGCUGGACGGACAACACCUCGGAUUGCAAAGUAUCACACGUCGUGUCUGAAAUGAUAAUCAUCACUUGCACGAGACUGGCCUACGUCGGCCUCCUGCAGAACGUUGAAACCGGUAUAUACGGAGCCCGGACCGACGGCGCGAGGUUCAAGGUGUCCCACCCGGCCGUGUACGUCGGGAGUCUCAUCCUCAUCGGUUGCGUGAGUUGUGCCACACUUACCUACAUCAUGUGCUACCCGGCCAUACAAAUGGCUAAGAAAACGAAACAUGCCCUUAUUAAUACUUGGAUAGCGAUCGGUCUACUCUGCUUCAUGUACACAUUGGGUAUAUACCAGACCGAGGACGUCAAGUUGUGUCAAAUAUUGGGACUUUUAAUACAUUACCUAUCGCUCUCUUGCCUAUUGUGGAUGUGUGUAUCAGCUAGCAACAUGUACAAAUGGGUGACGAAGACCCACAAUCCGCGAACGCCCGAGGACGACAUUCCACCGGAUGUGCCGAUUCAGAAACCAAUUUUAGGAUUGUAUUUAGUCGGUUGGGGCAUCGCUCUGAUAGUAUGCGGUAUAUCCGGUGCUGUCAAUUUGAAAGAUUACGCCGGUUAUUCCCAAUGUUUCCUGAGUACGGCGCCCGCUUUAAGCGCUUUAUUUAUACCGGGCGGUAUAUUGUUAAUUUUUCUCUCAAUCCUAUUUCUUUUGAUACGGUGUACGAUAAGAAAUAUGAACGUACAGCUAUCGGAGGGCACCCAAGCCACGGAAAAUGUGGAUUUAGAGAUGUGGGAACCGAAUCAGACUAAUGACCGUGCUGAGCGACGAAGUAUAAAAUCAGUAGUCGAUUCAGAAAUCGAUGACAUUGAACACAGCCCUAUUAUACAGCUGAGGGCGCAGGUUAUAGUGAUGUGCUUGUAUAUGUCCGUUUGGACUUGCGGAGCGAUAGCGGUGUACAGGCCUCUGCCGGCAUACCUCCCUUAUCAAGAAGACAUUUGUAGUAUAAUCUAUGCGGUCUGCUCUACUGUCUUGGGCACAUUUAUAUUGUUCUUCUACGGCAUUGCGAGAAGUGAUGUUCGAUCGCAAUGGUCCCUGAUGCACUGCUACUUACAAUCUAGUAAACAAUGCUGUCGGAACAGAAGCGUUUUCGAUUCGAAUCAACAAAACCUACCUAACCAAACGUCUACAACUUCGCCACAACACAUACCUAACGAUAGCAGAUCACAGUCGGGUAGCAGAAGUUCUAAUCGAACGAACACAAAAACUAAUAACAGCGGUACUUAUAAAGCUGGCGCAGAACUGAACGGGCAAACGUUGUCCAAAGACGUCAAAAACACUAACGGAAAAACACCAAACAUAAAUCUGGUCGUGUUACACAGACGGCAGUACAGAUCGAAUAACUCCAUGAUGACAUACCCGGAAUCGGGGACAAUAGGUCCGGAAGUGUUCUACAAUCCAAAUCAAAUGAACGUAGCGAAGAAAUUCUUUAAGAAACAAAGGCAACACACGAAGAGAAAUUGCCUAGAAUUGCCGCUGAGGCGAGAUUGUGACGACGACUCCCACAUCUCGCUACCGCUUCCCAGUAAGGAAGCUUAUAACGGUUUGGCUAAUUUUAUUAACGCUGGCAAUAAAGUUAACAAUACAAAUCAACACGUCGAAAGAUCGAACAACGGAAUCAAAGAACUUCGUACUAAUGCGAAUCCAAAUCUGCUAGAAGACGACUCGAAGGAGAAUUUCAAAAGCUACUCAACUGAUCGAAAAUCUUGGAACAAAAACGAGGAUCCUAAACAUGGCAGAGGGCAAAUAAUUAACAUAUACACGAAUGUCCCGGAAACUCAAGUCCCGCAACAUCAAAUCGCCAAAGCGAAUGUUCAGAAAACUUUAAAUGGUCAAAGGAAUAGUGUCUCCGAAGAAUGUUUGCAGAGUCACGCGAGCGAGCAUCCUGAAAUGAGGACGAUAUCGCAACAGUGUAGCUUAGAAUACAGUUCGGCGUCUGAAAUAGCGAUGCCGCACACGUGUUCUGAUCAAACACUGAACACACAGUCGGAGAUGACCUCUUUUCAAGAUACUCAUAGCGCUUUGUGUUCCACGAACGAAAUAACAGACACCGAGAGCUUCGGCCAAUAUAUUGACUACUUACAACCCAGCAAGGUACACGAAAAUAAGGAUCAAGUAGAUAAAUCUUUACAGGAUAUAUCUGAGGAAUGUACUAUGAACAGCGAUGAAGUCAACCGGUCCAGCACCCCGCAUCAUUUAGAAGCUGGAUUGACAGAAAUCGAUCAUUUACUCGAAAACCCCGAUUUGGAUAUUGAAGGGUCUAAAGAGAAAAUUGACAACGACAAAGACACGUUCUUUAUGGCAAAGACAACAUACGAUUUCGAAACUUGUAGCACGAACGCAAGUGAACAAGGUUUCGAAAACGAAAGUGACAUUUAUUGUCCAAACUAUCAAGUGUCCGAAGUUAGCAUACGAAGCCACGGCUUGUACGCUCCUUCCCCAUCCUCCAUGUGCCCAAACGAAAUCAGCUUCAGCAAUGAGGACGUUUCGACAUUAGAGAGUCAGUAUGUCAAUUACGAUCCGGGAUGGCGUAAAACAAUAAAGAACAAUGCUAAAUUAGGGAAAUACGUGCCGACACCGGCAUUGAGUUGUCCUGAAGUGAAUCGUGACAGCAGUCCUAUAUCGUUUUCGAGCGAGCUGGACGAACUUUACACUCAGAUAACGAGUCGGGACAAAAAUAGGACGCCGCGGAAGGAGCUCGACGUGACCGUGAAUAGUGACGUCACUCUUAAACCGGACAGUGAUAGUUGUGUUAGUGAAGCGAUCUCCGAAAUUGACGGAAAAGGCGAAACAACGGUCUAAAACAUUAAUCGUUUUGAAGUUUAUUGUAAAUUAGUUAAUCCGUGUAUAUAUAUAUAUUUAAAUAAUUAAUACUGUCAUUUAUAAUUCUAAUGACGUUUAUAAUGAUUUGUAACUCAAGAUUAUAUAUAAAUAUUCUCUAUUCGAAAUACUGCCAUUUUAUACUUCAAUGAUUAGACAUCGAGGCGGAAUUUGUGCCAUUAAUUUUAGGUUGUAUAAUAUUAGUAAUAAGUAGUAAUUUAUCCGUAAAGUUAUUUAUUAUAUAUAUAUAUGGAGCUGACUUAAAGCUUGAUAUACUGAAUAAUCGAAAAACAUUUUGUUCCACUUUAAUUAUGAUACAAAAGAUGAAAAAUAUUACUAUUGCUGUGGCUACCACUGAGGCAGUAGACUCGUAUGGUACCAUUCUCUACACUUAAACGCAUUUUACAAAAUAUAUCUUCAUUUAGAAAAUUGGGACAUGACUUUGCCACUAAAAUGUCAACAGCAUCUAUUAUUGUUGUUAAUUAGUUGCACGGUACUCGCCGAGCUAGCUCCGCCUCGUGGAACCUGCUACGAUUGACUUUAUAUAAUAAAAUGUUUUCAAAUUCGUAGAAAAGAAAAAUUGUUUAGAUAACUUUGUUUAAAAUAAUGAAUGAAGUAAAUUAAGCAAUAUUAUAGUACAUAUUAUUGAUCUCUAACAUUUUCUAUUGUAAAUAUUUAUAAUGUUUUUUAUAUUUACAUUUUUAUUAAAAUUACAAUGACUAAUUGUUUAAGUGAUAGUUAAUUAAAAUUUUGACAAAAUUUAUGAUAAAUUUUUGUGGGUUAUUCAGUGGUAAGCUUGAUAAAUGGUAGUUGAUAUGAAAGUUUGAUGAAGACGGUGUGACGUGCCAAAAUAUUUAACGGAAUGUUGCAAUGUUUUUUAAUAAACUCGAUAUUUUGAGUGUUUGUAUUGAAUUCGAGCGAAUUCACAGCCCGCCUAAAGUCUAGUCCAAUUAUUUGGCUCGCUUCUGUAGGUACAUAUUACUGUAACCAUUUUUCGGUAAAUUUAAUCAUUUUAAUUCUGCUCGAUUGACAUAAAAAAAAAUGUUUUUAUAACUCUGAUGUCGAUGUAUGAAAAGUUUUUUUUUUAUUUUCAAAACAAAUUCUUCGAUAGGAUCGAAAGUAGAACGACGUGUGCCUCAUUGAUGUUUGUAAAUAUUUUUUAUCUAUACUGUUUUGAAAUUUAUAUACAUGGUGACCAUAGAUUUUUUUGCGGUGACAGCAUAAUAAUUAUUACUCUUCAAAAUGUACAGCGUGUAAAAUAUUGUUGCAGUAUAUAUAAUGUUAUGUCAUAGACAAUAUUUUUUUAUUAUUAUUAACAGUCACCAUACGAUAUGACAUUUGUAUUUUUCCCUUCCAUUGUGCGAAUGAUCCCAAUCAGCUGUGUUACUUGUAAAUGGUUAUGUGUGGAACUUACUUUGUAGUUGCGUUGUCGCCGAUCAUCGUUUUGUACGUUUGACAAUUACUUUAUAGCGUACGAAUGUUUGCAACUUUAUAUUGGGAUAUAAUUUUUACUAUUGAUAUUUUAUAUUUACACUGUUAUGUUGUAAACCUCCUCAUUGAUUUGGCAGGACGAAAAAUAUUGUUAUCUCUUUCUUAUUUCAACACAAGAGAAAGAGAUAGUGCGAGAAUUUAAAGCAUUAACUCUGGCAAAUUAAUUAAGAGGUGACAUAAAUAGAUACGUUAUGUAAAAAAAAAAUCCCACUUACAAUCUAAUACAUUUUUUUGAACAAUCAUAUAACCUCUCAAAUACAUGGUGGCAGCACGUUGACCGUUAAGUAUUAUACCAUACAAUGUAUACCACCAGUGCAAGGUCAAAGUGACCACUCACCAACAGGUCGCUCAUUGCUCGUUCGCCUUACUAAUAUAAAGAAAUAAUAGUAUUGUAGAGAUGUAGCUUUAAAGACGACACACAAAUCUGAAGGAUCAGAAUUGUAACUCGAGAUCACAAUGAAAGGAAAAAAUUAUGAUGUCUAUGUAUGUCAUACACACUUUAUGUACUUAAUAUCAUCAUUCUUUGUAUAUUGUUCUAUACUAGAAAAUGUUAUAAUAGCUGCUAAUGUGAUAUAAAAUUAUUUUAAGGAGCAUUCUCAUUGCGACAUUUAAAAUGAUAUCAAGUUAUGUAUUCAAUUGAUAUAAAAAAAUAAAAUGAUCAACGAAAUAUAUAUAUAUUUUUAAAUAUGUAACAUUUUAUUUGAUCCAUGUAUUAAAAAUAUAUAUAUAUUAGAUUGCAUUGCAACCAAUUCGGACUCUACACAUAUAUAUAUUUCACAUACAAAUAGGUCAUCAUAUUAUAUAUACAAUACUCGUCAGCUAUAACUAAGUUCAUUUUAAGGUCAUAAGUGCCAUAGACACGCAUAGUAAAUUCAGCCCAAAGAUUUAUCUAAAUCAUCCUUUAAGGGUAAUCUCAAGUAACGUUGAUCCUGUAUUAUGUAGACUUUGUAAUACUUAGUAUCAUAUUUUUCGAUUCAUUCAAAACCAAAUUGAAAUGUAUUUAAAUUUAAAUUCUAUGUAUUAUAAUUAAAGUUUUCCAUUAAUACGAAUAAGUUUUUAAAUGAUGUUUGUGGAUUUUUGUAUCUAUGUCGCAAUGUGAUUGUACUCCAGUGCAUUGAUCGCACAAUUUAAUGUAGACGACGUUUUUAACAUAUACUACUGUGAAUAUUAUAUAAAUAGUGAAAAUUUAUAAACGGUUAGCUUUUUGUGGGCAUAUUGCGUAAUAAAAGGGCGUUUGCACUUU